AUGGAGAGAGUGACCAGCACUGUCAACACAGCGCCGGUAGGAGGGGCGCCGACGGUGAAGGAGGAGGAGGCAGUUGAAGGGUUACCGUUCACUCGGGCCAUCAUGGAUGUCCAUAUUUCGGAGCACUUUGUGCCCCCUCAACUCAGUAUAUAUGACGGUACAACCGAUCCCGAUGAUCACAUCCAGGCCUUCUCUACCCGGAUGGCGUUCCAAACAGGCAACAGGGCAAUUUGGUGUCGGGCCUUUUCCCUGUCGUUAGAAGGUGAGGUGCUCGAAUGGUUUAACUCCUUACCUUCGGGAUCCAUCCAGAGCUUUGAAGGGUUGAAGGAGAUGUUUGGUAGACAAUUCGCUGGCAGUCGGGCCGAGGACCCCACGGUCUUCGAGCUCUCCAAUCUUAGACAAGGGAAAGAUGAGACGCUAAAAGCAUUCAUGGACCGCUAUCAGAAGAUGGUCCGAAGGGUUAAGGGGUUAAACGUUGAAUUGGCCCUGCAAUACGUGAUGCCCGCCCUUCGCCCGGGCCCCUUUAAGGACAGUGUAAGCCGAAAGCGGCCGAAGACCAUGGAGGAGUUGAGAGAGCGGGCGGCGGAUGAAAUGAGGGUUGAGGAGAUGAAGCAGGCGUAUAAGAAGGAAAGCCAGGAGUCGAAGGAAAAGGCCGAGGGGAAGAGAACCGACGGCUCCUCGCGGAUGGGGGGUUUCAAGCCGAGGGAGGCCCCCCGAGGAGCCAAGUUUCAGCAAUACACCCCGCUGAACGCCCCUCCCGCGCGUAUCUUGCAGGAGGCACUGAGUGUCAACUUGAUCCCCCCCCUGAAAAAGCGGCCCACACCGGCGGGUGCUGACGGUAACAAGCAUUGCCUAUACCACCAGAACAUGGGACACACCACGGAGGAAUGCGUGACCCUUCGUGAUAAAAUAGAGGAGUUGAUCCGUGCGGGGCAUUUGAAACAGUAUGUCAAAACGGCGCCCGCCGAACCUCCAAGAAGACGGGGGCCAAGUCCCGCCCCCCGGAGAGAUCAAGGCCGGAGUCCGGUCGACCACUCCGACGGUCGGACAAUCGGUCGAAUUACGAAAACCGAAGGCGUAGGAGUAGGAGUUGCAGCGACGAUCGCGAUCGGCCAAUACGAGGGAGAAUCAAUACGAUAUCUGGCGGGUUCGCGGGCGGGGGACCGUCGACCUCCGCUCGGAAGCGCCACGUGA